AUGUCAUCGUUAAUAUAUUCUCUUUGCACUUUCAACGAUCUACCACUUCAUCGUUUUCCUUCAAAUGAUUUGAAUGUUUAUAUACAAGAUAUUAUCAAACAACUUCUAUAUUUAAAAGAAUCUGGAGAUGUAAUAAAUAUUAAAUUAUUUUUAUCAAAAUACUUUGAACAUGUUGUAAAUGGCACACAUACUAUGAUAAGAGAGUUUACAUAUAUCUCAGCUAUUCCAUAUAAUAGGAUAACAUUUUUAUAUAAUAUAUGGAAUGGUUUCAGUUCAAUAAAAGAGAAAGAAUUUAUAAACUCACUAAUUUGUGGUCUAAAAGUAAAUGAAGUUCAAUUUAAUGAAAAUGUGUUACCAUUGAAUGGAAUGAGGAACAGUACACUAGAGGUAAUCAUCGAACCAGACAUAUCCAAUCGAUGCAGCGGACAUGCUUGUAAAUCUGUAGUUUCGGAAUGUUGCCUCAAACCGAAUAUACUAACUAAUCUACCUGACAAAUAUGUGAAUACAGUAGAAUUUCGUAGUUUUACUCGUGAUCUGUAUGCAAAAGCAACAUUUUCACUACCCUCAAAAUCAGUUAUGCGUAUGUGUGCUAAACAAUUCUUACUUCAUUCAGAAUUCAAUCUUUACGGUCUCUUCUCAUCUUUGGCAAAUGAUCAUUUAUUAAUAUCAGAAAUGGGAUUUCCUCAACUUCAUGGUUCGUCUACAUUGUCACCCUCAACUUUAUUAAAAUCUACGAAAGCUUAG